AUGUUGGCGUACAGCGUGGGAAAACAGGUGGAGUUUUCACGUAAAAUAACAGCUUGUCUCUACCAAACACUACCGUACAGUCGAUUUGACCAAGGCAAAUCAACAAAAGGCGCGAGCAAGCUUCGGCGCGACCUCAUCAACGCAGAGAUCGCCAAUCUUCGGGACCUUCUGCCUCUACCACCUUCCACUAGGCAGAGGCUAUCACAACUACAGCUGAUGGCACUAGUUUGUGUGUACGUCAGGAAAUCUAAUUACUUCCAACAAGGUUUGUUUAUAAAAUACACUAAUGUCUACGAUCUUACUUAA